ACAGUAAACACACUCCCACUCAGGCUCAGACUGCAGACUGCGGACUGCGCCUCCUCGUUGCGCGGCAGCGAAGCCGAUGACCGUAGUUUCGCAGAGGUCGGGAACCGCGGCGAGGGUUUAGAACGACUGCGUUGUAGCUGAAGAAGCGACCACGCUCGACAGUGAGAUUCGAGCCGAGCGAUGAUCUGAGGAAAUCAGAAUGCUCGAGAAUUCAGCGAUUCUCGAGAGCUCUCCUGUGGCAGCCCAGCCCACGUGCCUGAAUUGAUGGACGGGUAUAUUUAGAGGCUGCGUCUGCUCAACAAGCGAGAGCCCCAUCUCUUCUGAGCUUUGAUCUUCGCAGAUUGCAGCAGGCAGGUUUGACUUGCAGAUUGCAGCUGGAGCAUCACAUUAUCAUCCCCUUUAAUGCUCUCCAACUGUUCUCGAGGAUCUCCCACGUCACAUCCGGGCUCGGCCUCGCCUUCCAAAUUCAAAUUCCAGCACAGUCGUCCCCAUGCACACUGCUGAGACUGGUCGAGAACCCGAGCGCCAGGCACCCUCGCUCCGUGUCGAGCCUGGAUUGGAUUGCAUUGCGAACCGUGUAUGCACCCGGAAGCUUGUACAUUCGAUGUCGGCAAAUCAUGCGGUCCGAGCCUAGAAGUAGCAGUACAGUAGAGGACUGGGAAGCCGAGUUGUCGCAGCAGUCGUAGUGGUUGCAGAAUCGGGCUGAGUCGAUCAACCUCGAGGUCUGGAGCCCAAGACGACAUCAGCAGCUGCAGUAGUUCAGGCUGGGGGGUUGCCAAACCAAAGAGGGCGGCAGGGCUAGAGCUUUAUAAGCGAGAGGGCGUGUGUGCAUGCACGAGAGAGGGAAGGGGGCCGGGGGAGGAGGAGGAAGAGGGAGGGAGGGAGAGAGGGAGACUGUAGUGCAGGACCCGGACAGUGAGAGGUGGAGGAAGGAGGUCAUGGUGGGGAUCAUGGGCGAGAGUCGCUCGGAGGUUUGUCCUUGUUGAUUCCGAGACUCGAGAAUAGUGGUCGUAUGCCACGCUGCAGCUGCAGCGUUGCAUGAGAGCGCACUGCUGCGACUCCUGUUGCAGCAAACCGCCGGCGAUCCGCUGCGCUUUUGUUCACAGUCAGCGGGAGGAUUUCCGCAAGUGGAGCAUACUCUGCAUGAAAGAACGGCUCCCGGGCGUCAGUGUCGCGCAGUAGGGAGCUGUCAGCAUAUUUUCUAUUGCUGUUGCAGGUAAUUCCAUCGGUCCCUCCCCUGUGCUCUGCUGCUGCUUCUACCUCUGGGGGUGAGUGAGGUAGACAAGGAGAGCAAAGUGAAUGAGAAAGAGUGAGAGAGAGAGAGGGAGAGAGGGGAGAGGGAGAGCAGAGAGCUGUCACGUCGGGCAGUUUUCGGGGCUAUAAAUUUAGCAAGCUCGUCUCUCCUGCUGCUACAUCAGGCAUCCUGGAACAAAAUUGGAAGAAGCUGACACCCAUCCUCAAUUUGUCCAGUUCCUCGGGGCGUUGUCUAUAGAAGAGAGAGUCCUCAUCAACCGCCAUUCAAUUUCCCCGGGGGUCACGCUUGAUCUUCGUACCCACUAUAUCAUCUAUCCAAUUUCGCUGUCCCUCGCUCUCGCUCUCACUCAUAGCGCUUCGAAUCACUCACACACUGCUCUCCGUCCGUCUCCAAGUUGGAAUUCCGAAGCGUGUCCAAGAACACUCUUGCAGCAGUCGCCUGGAUUGCUUUGCUUUGCUUGGCUUGGCUUGGCUUGCUGGGGUCCGAUCGGGGGAAAUGAUGAGGUCGUGUUUCGCGUUCCCGGUGAAUCCCAAGGCGACGAAGAAGAGGGGAGUGAACGUGGGCAGUCGAAUUCUGAAUUUCAGCGUCGUCCGCAACUGGAUGAGGAGGCUGGGCAGGCACCGAACGCUCAAGCGACAUGCCAUCACCGCCGGUGCGCGCUCCAACUCCUCCAUGAGGUCUACGACUGGAUCCCGGAACGCUGCCUCGGACACGGGUCCAUCCACUCUCUAUCUCGACCCACCUCAGCGUCAUCAACGGAGGCCCUCAACGAGCUCUGACUCUGCUCAGAGUGUGGUAGUUUAGUAGAUAGAGGUAGAGAUGGUACGACACUUACUCCAAAUACGCUGUUAGAUUUACACACAUGUCUGCGUGGUUCGAGCACUUCUAGUUCCAUCGGAGAAUUGAUGUACAGAAAGUGACCGGUUUGUAAGUGUCUUUAUCUUGAUUAUGUACAUAAACCAGAAUUCCUGGCUUCAUGG